AUGGUUACAGUUAUGGACACAAUGGGCCGGUUCUUCGAGUCGGGUACGGCUGAUGGGAAACACUCGAGUUUCGGUGAAUACGAUGAAUGUCUGGAACUGGAGAGUCCAGAAGAUAAGGGACUGGUAGUGAAAGGCCAGUAUUGUCUGGUCAAAGUGAUACUCCCGUAUCCGUCCGUCAAUUCCUACAAAAAGGGCGAUCCAUAUGACCCCACGUUUGACGAGGAGGGCAUCACUCCAUUCAAGUACUUCAAUGGCGGCAACUUUACCUCAAUCAUCCGGAUGAUCGAGAACCUCAACAUGUAUAGAGGGUCGACCUAUCGGUUAGAGAUCUAUAAUAUAAUAUACGAGAGAAGUCUGGCCGAAGACAACACCAAUUUAGGAGAGACUAAGUUCGCAGAUGAGGAGCCCCUACACGUCAACCCAUAUUACUAUACCUUCUCUUUAUUAGGGAAGCUGGACAGAAAUGGUAGCAAAUUUAAUUACUUCAAAUAUAUAACGGGCCGGUACUUCAGAUUCGCAGUACCAAUGUUGGGCUCAAUCAUAUUCUUGAAUACAUUGCCCCUUAUGGGCAGUGGACCCAUUUGGGAUGAGGGCGUCCAAUGGGUCACCACUCCCUGCCAAAACCCAUUAGUCGUGUUGUUUGGUAUGCUUUUCAUAAGCAAUUAUAACGACCAGUUCGCUAUUAUGGAGAGACAGUCCGCACUGCCCUUCUGUAAUCCGAGCACAUGGUUUGUAUCGGCAUUAUUUCAACUGCACGUCAUUAUACCCAUACUUAUCAUAAUAUACUACAAAAAUGCCAAAUAUGGCGCCUACGCGACCGCCGGUGCCAUAGUGUUGGGAAUGGUGUCCAGUAUUAGUCCGACACUCAUAUUCAAUAUAUUGCCACAAAUGCAAUACAUUCAGAUUGAGUCGUACGAAGAGCUGUUCCGCUCCUUCGCGUGGUAUCACUUGUCGACCACACAAUAUAUCGCGAGUUUUGUGGUGGGAGUAGCGGGCGGUUACCUCAUACGUCGGGACUGGAACUUAUGCAUUGAAUACGAGGUGAUGGGCUGGUGCGCCAGUGUCCUCGCUAUUAUCAUCGUCUAUAUGUGGAGCAACACCUUCUGGAAAGUGCAAAAAUCAGCCCCACUUUUCAGUGUACUCCUAUGGUUCACAUUUGGCAAACUAGCCUUUGCCAUAGCUAUCACCUGGAUAUUCUUUUGCCUAUGCACUGGGAGGGCCAGGACAAUGGAUUAUCUGCUUUCAUGGCCUAACUUCCAACCCUUUUCUCGCCUAUCGUUCUCUUUCUUUAUGAUCCACUUUAUGGUUGUCAUCAGACGUGUCUUCACUGUCAAAGAGACCAUCACUAUGUCUGAUGGACUUCUGAUUGAGAACUCCAUCAUUGAUAUUAUGGUCACCUUUUGCUUGGCGUAUGUCUUCUACGCCCUAAUAGAGGCGCCGUUCACUAACUUAAUGGCCAUUUGGCUCAAGAAAGAUACACAACGUGACGAUCUGGUUGGCCAUCAAAACGGUGCCGUCCAUAACAAGGACACACCGGCGCCCGAACCCAAAAACAGCAUUUCUAUGCGAGAUAUGGGGCACAUCCACCACAUCGAGUUGGAAGAAGACAUCAAUAAAAAUAGCAAUUUUGUUGAAACCAUUAAGAUUUAGCCAAACAAUUCAUCCCAUAUUUAUAUCAGUAUUACUGUAUUAUUUAAUUCAUUUCAAUUAACAAAAUACGGUACAAAAAACCUUUGUGUCCAAUAAAAUACUCGACUUCUGGUUAUGCAAAUGUUUAUCACAAAACGUAUUGCUAUUUUUUAGUUAAAGUUUUACAAUAUUUUGUGAACAAACUAUUGGAUAAUUGGUUGAUGUCCACAAACCAGAUAUUAAUUUAUAAGCAUUCAAUUGUCAUUUCUGGUC